AUGGGAGGAAACGAAGAGGUCCAGUGCGAUGCCAAUGGUAGCUGCCAGAAGAUGAUAUCUUUGAUUGGUUGCAUAGUCUACUGGUUAUGGAAGGAUGAUGGAAGAUUAAUAAUAGCCAAUACGAAGGCGUGGAGCUCCUGUGACCGGCUCCAAGAGAGGAUAUUCGGGACGGGCGAGACUGAGCUCUUCAAGGCUCACGACGGGUGGAGAAUCAAGAGAACCUAUCAGAAGACUUGUCAGGCCGACGACAACUUCGAACACUGCCAAUUGGAGGCAUUAAGUGUAAUAGUGAGUGUAGCUGAAGCAAUAAGUAAAUUAUGUCCAGACUGUCCACUGUCGGGAUUGAAUAGUUUAUUUAACAGAAUUAAGGAGCCAGGUCCAGGACAGGCUAUAUAUUGCAAGCCUCAACAGAAGGGUCCAUGCAUAUGUGUAUAUGAAGACAGGGGGCACGGAAAGGGAUUUGAGUUAAUAUCACGACAAGAUAGUGAAAGUCCAACGGAAAGCAGCAGUGAAGGAACAGCAGGUCGGAAGAGACUGCGGAACGGAGCAGGAGAGGAACACGACAGGGGGGAGGCGUCAAAUUCCUCCCAAGGAGGAGAAGGACAUCUAAGCGACACCGCAGCGGGAGCGGGCG